AAAACAAAUAGGGCAAGUAAAAAACGGAAAAACACGUUGACCACCGCAGUACCCCUUUAAGUAUCCCUCCAAAGAACCUAAGCAAGCCUUCCACCAAGAUAAAAGGGGCGUUUGUUGCCAUUGGAAUGGUCUUGUUAACUAUGUUUGGUGUGGCUGCAGGAAAUUACAUGAUCAAUAAAAAAAGGAAAUGCGUGACCCUGAAGGAUCCAAACAGAAAAUACAGAUUACGACUCAUUCACAAGAUGGCUAUAAAUCAUAAUACAAGGAGAUUUCGAUUUGCUCUUCCAUCCACAAACCAUACACUGGGAAUUCCACCUGGUAAAUGUAUCUACCUAUCAGCUAGAAUCAAUGACAAUCUUGUGGUGAGACCUUACACUCCAUUAUGUUGUGAGGACAAAGGAUUCGUUGAUCUGUUAAUAAAGGUUUACUUUAAAGAUCAAAACCCAGACUUUCCAGAAGGAGGUAAAAUGUCCCAGUACCUUGACAAUCUCUCCAUAGGGGAAACUAUUGAAUUCCAAGGUCCAAAAGGACUUUUUGUAUAUCAAGGAAAAGGUUACUUUGCUAUUCAAUCAAACAAGAGAUCCCUAGCUGAGAGGAAGUUUGCCCGUCAUGUUGGAAUGAUAGCAGGUGGAACAGGCCUUACCCCAAUGCUUCAGCUGAUCCAAACUAUUCUACAUGACCCGGAAGAUGAAACCAAAUGUGUUUUACUGUUUGCCAAUAAGUCAGAAGAAGAUAUCAUCCUAUGUAAUGCUCUUAUGGAGCUACAGAAUGAGUAUUCAGAACGCUUUAAGCUUUGGUUCACUGUGGAUAGUGCUUCAGAAGAGUGGAAAUACAGCAAGGGAUUUAUUGACUCCAAGAUGAUCCAAGAGCAUCUACCACCACCUGCUGAUGAUGUCAUCAUCUUACUAUGUGGUCCUCCUGCCAUGAUAAAACUGGCUUGUAAACCAAGUCUUAACAUGUUAGGUUAUGACCAAGAUAUGUGUUAUGUUUUUUAAUGUUUAUUAUUUGUUUUUAUAAAUAACGGUUGUAUAAUGCUACUGUAUUGUUUUCCAACCAUAUCAUAUCUAUAUAUGUGUAUUUUAGCUAUAAACAAAUAAGACUUUCUUUAGUAUUACAUUUUUUAUUUUGUUCAUGUAAUGUUUAGCAAUUUAGUCUGCAGAACAGCCAUGCAAAAAUAGAUCCUUACCUGCAACUAUUAUCUAAUGAAACAGGACAAUGGUUAAACAGAAAAACAUACUCUUAAGCAAAGAUUAGUAAACGACAUAAUACAUUACUUCGAGCUUUUCAAAAUACUUUACUCCAUGUGCAUUUUUAUAAGAAUAUCAUUUUCACUAAUUUCUGCAAUUUGCAGAAAUUCGUGAAAAUGAUCUUCUUAUAAACAUUUAUUUUAUGGUUCUGUGCCUUUUGAGAGGACUUUAGGAUGUUUCCAAUAAAGAUGCAUGACCCUUUUACAAAGUAUGGUAAUAAUUUAUAAACUCAGUGUAGACACAAUGCCACCAGCCAGAUAGAGAGUCCCUAGGGUAUAUCAUUCAUGUGGUGCCCAAGUGGAAAUUCAUGAGUUCAAGAACAUUCCGCUUGAAGGAUAUUCUCAAACCUAUGCAAUGCAGCAUUGACAGACAACAUUAUGUGCACUCCACUACGCCUAAUCUAUUGAUUCCAUAUUGUGAAGUUGAAAGUAUAGUAGAUCCUAUGAUGGCAUUUGGCCUGUACCAAUCGGUCUUGGGAGCAUCAAAGUUGUUAGGAAGGCCAAUAGCAAACAUGUCCAGACCUGGUACUUCCAUCUUUAAGUGGCCUUUUCAUAUAAUGCGUGUCAUUUAAGUGGCAUUGUCAUCCAUGCGUGAUGACUCGCAAUAUGCCCUGUCACGUAACCUCCCAUAGACUUGCAUUGAGGGGGAGGGGCGUGACGUCGCAAUACUAUGGCUCCUGUAUCAUGAGUCAUCAUGCACGGCGCAAACUUAGUUCCGUGCAGUGUUGACUCGUGGGGCUGCAGGAGAGAUUGCGGGGGUCCCCAGCAGCGGGACCCCCGUGAUCAAACAUCUUAUCACCUAUCCUUUGGAUAGGG